AUGUGCAAUUCCUGGCUGCUGCUCAUAAUUGCGCUCACUGUUGUCUGCCUGUGGAACUCGCAACAAACCGAAACAUCCAAAUCAUGCCCAGCCGAGUGCAUCUGCUUGUCCCAGACUCAAGUGCUGUGUAACACGGGCGGACUCGAGCAGAUACCGCUGCGCCAGCUGCCGGCAACCGUUGAGAAUCUGGCGCUGACCAAAAACAACUUUCCAAUCAUCAAGCCGGACUCGUUUGCCGGCCUGCGUGCGCUGAAGAAGCUCUCGCUGGACGGCAACAAUAUCACACGAAUCAAACAGUUCGCGUUCAGGGGACUGCCCCGGCUGCGGGAGUUAUCCAUACAGUAUACACCGCUUCAGAUGGUGGCGCAGUUCGCGUUCGCGGGUUUGCAGAAUCUGUCGACCAUAUUGCUCAGUCACAAUCAGAUCCAGCGGAUCGAGGGCAAUGCAUUUGCGGGCACCUCGAACAUAAAGCUGAUAUUGUUGAGCAACAAUCCGCUGAUACGGAUCGAGAGUUCGGCCUUCUCCAGCUUGACGAAUGUGGGACAUUUGAUAUUGCCAUCGGGCAUCAGGAGCAUCGAGCAGGACGCCUUCUUUGGCAUGGAUGCGGUCGGGCUGCUCAAGCUGGCCUACAUGGAUCUGAAGGAGAUUUCGCCGUUCACCUUUCGCGGUCUGUCCAAUGUGCUGCUGUUGACGCUCCAGGAAUCCGAUUUGGGCGUCAUCUGUGCGGACGCCUUUACGGGCCUCACCCAGGUGGAGACGCUGCAGAUACUGAACAACAAGAUCGACUCAAUUGAGGAGCUUAACUUUACAAAUACGGCGGCCAUCAAGCAUCUCAAGUUCCAUGGCAAUCAUGUGCUGGAGACGCCCGAUCCGAAUGCCAUCAUUGUCGAUGGCGUUGAUCAUCUGCAGCUGGUGAACAAUCAUUUUCCCUGCGGCUGUCACAUACACACCCUGCUCGACGGGCCCCUUGCCGAGGGUGCACACAAUCUGAGCGAUUUUCUCCAGAAGAACUACUGCAUCUCGCCGCUGGAGGUGAACGGACGGGUGAUGAGCGAACUGGAUAUCGAUGCGAUCGGACGCUGUGCCGAUCAGCUGACCAAGGGCAAUCUUGGCUCCUCGGCGGCCAGCCUGGCUCUGGGCCUCAAUGCCAUGCUACUGAUUGCCGUUGCCAGCUGUGUCGAGUGGCGAUAUGCCCGCCUUCUGGCCGCCCGGCUUGCCCAGCUGCUCAGCCACAGUCACAUCGCCUGGCGUCGCCGCCGGAAACGCCGACGGCCCAAUUAA